UCCACCACCAUUGUUAUUGGUUUUGCAGUAGCAGGUGCUGCCACUGCUGGUCGUCUUGGCCUGCGUGCUUACCAAGAAUGGCAAAAGAUGCCUAGAGCUCCUCGCAUGUCCAAGUUCUACAAGGGUGGAUUCGAUGCUAAAAUGAACAAGCGUGAGGCUGCUCUUAUUCUCGGCAUUAGAGAGGCACAGGCUACUAAGCAGAAAGUAAAAGAGGCCCACCGAAGAAUCAUGUUGCUCAACCAUCCUGAUCGCGGAGGAUCACCUUACUUAGCACUCAAGAUUAACGAGGCAAAGGAGUUUUUGGAGUCAAAGACCAAG